CAUGAUAAACUUGAUUGAAGCGAUUUAGUCAUGUUGGAGUGCGAUGAACUGGAUUCACUUGCAAGCAAACUCCAGGUCAGAGUCUUGUAUACGUACAUGAAUGAUCUUGGCAGAAGCCGCCUACGGUACCCCCUAAUUGUUCACACAGCCAUAUUAUUACGUCACGUGGCAACCUUGAUAGUACUGCGCUUGUUCUUCUUCAAGGUCUCUAUCGAAGACGACAACCGACCACGCAAGCGACCUUCUCACAAACCAUCAUUAUUGUUGUCAAACACACUCGGGCCUAAGAAGCGGAGCACUAUAAAUUGGGAUGUUAUUCUACCUUUCUCUUCUCGCAGUCCUGGCAUCACUGGUGAUGGUCGGCUACCGCUACCGUGCAACUCUCCCUACGAGAGUUAAGGCUUUCUUCCCAAGCCUUAACCACUACACGCCGCUUGCCUCUUUUUCUGAUCAGGCGCGUGCGGGGCUGAGCUCUCCGAUGUUCGACAUCGAGUCAGCCAAUAUCGCUGAAGGAGAUUCACGAGCGGGACUGGAUGAACAGGGAACGCAGGAGGUGCUGGACAUCAUGCGUGCCCAACGGGUCAAUUUCGAUCAAGCAAGAUUGAUUCGCCACAACCAAAUCCUUGCUCGCAAUGGGAUCGAUCCUUCAGGCAUGCCACUUGAUUCAAAGGCCGUCACGAGGUUGUGAUCGAUUUCUCU